UGGCGGCCGCCCUCCCUUGUUUCCGCCGCAUCCAGACUUCCUCCGGCGGAGGCUGGAGGCUGCGCAUCUGGGGCUUUAAACAUACAAAGGGACCGCCGGGACCGGCGCGGGCCGAAGCGCGGGGGUCGGACCAUGCGCCGCUGAGCCCCGCGAAGCCAAGGCGACGGAGCGAGCGGCCCCCCGGCGCUGCGCGGCGGAGCAGGCGCCAACCCGGCGGCGACGCGGCCGGGAGCCCCGAGCCAGCGACCCCCGGGCAACGCGCGGGGCCCCCGGAGCGCGACGAUGGAGGCGCGAGCGGCCCGGGGCGCGCUCGCCGGUCCCCUGCGGGCGCUCUGCGUCCUGAGCUGCCUGCUGGGCCGCGCCGCCGCCGCGCCGUCGCCCAUCAUCAAGUUCCCCGGCGACGUCGCCCCCAAAACGGACAAAGAGUUGGCUGUGCAAUACCUGAACACCUUCUAUGGCUGCCCCAAGGAGAGUUGCAACCUGUUUGUGCUGAAGGACACACUAAAGAAGAUGCAGAAGUUCUUUGGGCUGCCACAGACAGGUGAACUUGACCAGAGCACCAUCGAGACCAUGCGGAAGCCACGCUGUGGCAACCCAGAUGUGGCCAACUACAACUUCUUCCCCCGCAAGCCCAAGUGGGACAAGAACCAGAUCACAUACAGGAUCAUUGGGUACACGCCGGAUCUAGACCCAGAGACAGUGGAUGAUGCCUUUGCUCGUGCCUUCCAAGUCUGGAGUGACGUGACCCCACUGCGGUUUUCUCGCAUCCAUGAUGGAGAGGCUGACAUCAUGAUCAACUUUGGCCGCUGGGAGCACGGAGACGGGUACCCCUUUGAUGGUAAGGACGGGCUCCUGGCCCACGCCUUCGCCCCGGGCACUGGUGUCGGGGGAGACUCCCACUUUGACGAUGAUGAGCUGUGGACCCUGGGAGAAGGGCAAGUGGUCCGUGUGAAGUACGGGAAUGCCGACGGGGAGUACUGCAAGUUCCCCUUCCUGUUCAACGGCAAGGAGUACACCAGCUGCACCGACACCGGCCGCAGCGACGGCUUCCUCUGGUGUUCCACCACCUACAACUUCGAGAAGGACGGCAAGUAUGGCUUCUGCCCCCACGAAGCCCUGUUCACCAUGGGUGGCAACGCCGAUGGACAGCCCUGCAAGUUCCCGUUCCGCUUCCAGGGUACGUCCUACGACAGCUGCACCACCGAGGGCCGCACGGAUGGCUACCGCUGGUGCGGCACCACGGAGGACUACGACCGCGACAAGAAGUACGGCUUCUGCCCGGAGACCGCCAUGUCCACUGUUGGUGGGAACUCGGAAGGCUCCCCCUGUGUCUUCCCCUUCACCUUCCUGGGCCACAAGUACGAGAGCUGCACCAGCGCCGGCCGCAGCGAUGGGAAGAUGUGGUGCGCGACCUCGGCCAGCUAUGACGACGACCGCAAGUGGGGCUUCUGCCCCGACCAAGGGUACAGCCUGUUCCUCGUGGCAGCCCACGAGUUUGGCCACGCCAUGGGGCUGGAGCACUCCGAGGACCCUGGGGCUUUGAUGGCGCCCAUUUACACCUACACCAAGAACUUCCGCCUGUCCCACGACGACAUCAAGGGCAUUCAGGAGCUCUACGGGGCCUCCCCCGACACUGACACUGAUGCGGGUACUGGCCCCACCCCCACGCUGGGACCUGUCACUCCCGAGAUCUGCAAGCAGGACAUUGUCUUUGAUGGCAUCGCUCAGAUCCGUGGUGAGAUCUUCUUCUUCAAGGACCGGUUCAUUUGGCGGACAGUGACGCCACGUGACAAGCCCAUGGGGCCCCUGCUGGUGGCCACAUUCUGGCCUGAGCUCCCGGAAAAGAUCGAUGCUGUGUACGAGGCCCCACAGGAGGAGAAGGCUGUGUUCUUUGCAGGGAAUGAGUACUGGGUCUACUCUGCCAGCACCCUGGAGCGAGGUUACCCCAAGCCUCUGACCAGCCUGGGAUUGCCCCCUGACGUCCAGCGGGUGGAUGCUGCUUUUAACUGGAGCAAGAACAAGAAGACGUACAUCUUCGCUGGAGACAAAUUCUGGAGAUACAAUGAGGUCAAGAAGAAAAUGGAUCCUGGCUUCCCCAAGCUCAUCGCAGACGCCUGGAACGCCAUCCCGGAUAACCUGGAUGCCGUCGUGGACCUGCAGGGCAGUGGUCACAGCUACUUCUUCAAGGGUGCGUAUUACCUGAAACUGGAGAACCAAAGUCUGAAGAGUGUGAAGUUUGGAAGCAUCAAAUCCGACUGGCUGGGCUGCUGAGCAGGCUUGGCUCACACAGGCCCUUCCUCCACUUUGCCUUCUGCUCACCCGGCCCUGAGCGCUGGAGAGGGACCCAUGGAGGCCUGGCAACCCUGCCUGCAGCUCUGUGGUUAAUCAGCACUCUCACUCCCAUCUGGUAAUUUAAGAUUCCAGAGAGUGGCUCCACCCUGUGCCCAGGAUAGGUGCUGAUUUGUACCCCUCCCAGGUGCCCUUCCCCCUCCCAUCCCGCCAGCCCUCAGAGCCACCCCUAAAGAGAUACUUUGAUAUUUUCAAUGCAGCCCUGUUUUGGGCUGCCCUGGUGCUGCCACACUUCAGGCUCUUCUCUCUCUACAACCUUCUGUGGCUCACAGCACCCUUGGAGCCAAUAGAGACUGUCUCAAGAGGGCACUGGUGGCCCAACAGCUUGGCAUGGGGCAGUGGGAUAAGGGCAUGGCCAGGUGGCCACCCUAGACACUUUUCACUGCUGGCUGCCUUAGAACCUUCUCUACUUUAGCAGUUUGCUUUGUAUGCACUUUGUUGUUUUGUUUUGGUCUUUUAAUUUUUUCCACUUUGAAAUUGCAAUUCCUGACAGAAGGACUCAGGUUGUCUGAAGUCACUGCACAAUACAUCUCACUCCACGUAGCAAUGGUUUCCUUGUUCACUCACUUCAGUAUGUCCCUUCGCAGUUGCUUCCUCCACUGGAUGGAGGAAAACCAAACCAUGGCUCCCUGCUCCGCCCUCCCUGCCUCUCCCUUCAACAGUUCCCCAUGGGAAAUGUCAACAAAUACGAAUAAAGACACCAGUUGUGUGGCAA